AUGUCAGACAGUCCAGCCGCAUCAGCGGCACUCAAAGCCUCUCCAGAACCGACCCCCGCGACACCAACACCAGCGCAACCGCCGCCAUCAUCUUCAACACCAACACCCGCCGCUCCCACCGCCGUCCCCACAACAUCGCAACCUCACAAUGAUCACCACCCCACCCCAGCAGCAGCAGCAGCAGCACCCAGUACCCCGAUCCCAGCCGAUGAUCACGUAACCCCAGCCCCAGACCUAACACCAGACCCGAUCUCCCCAGGGCCAGACGACGGCUACGCAAGCGGAACCGAAUCCGGAUCCUCGCGGGCGUCGACGUCGCUGGCCUCUCACGUGCGCGACUACAGCUUCGAGAACCGGCGACGGUACCACCGCUACAAGGAGGGCCAGUACCACUUCCCCAACGACGACGACGAGCAGGAGCGCGAGGACAUGAAACAUACCAUGGUCGUGCACCUCUGCGGCGGGAAGCUGCAUAGUGCGCCGUUGAAGAGUCCGCAGCGGAUUAUUGAUGUUGGAACGGGGACGGGGAUUUGGGCCAUUGAUAUGGGCGAUGAGUAUCCCGAGGCCGAAAUCAUUGGGGUGGACCUGAGUCCGAUACAGCCAGAGUUCGUGCCGCCCAACGUCCGGUUCAUAGUCGACGAUGCCGAGGUGGAGUGGGUUUACCCAGACAACCACUUUGACCUCGUCCACCUCCGCAACAUGGCGCCCUCCAUCAAGAAAUGGCCGGAGCUCUUCGCCGAAGCAUACCGCGUCACAAAACCAGGCGGCUGGAUCGAACUCCAAGAAAUGCGCUGGGUCUACGGCUGCGACGACAACACCAUGCCUUCAACCUACGCCCCCGUGAAAAUGGUCGCCAACAUCAAAGAAGCCCUCGCCAAGCUCAACGUCAAAAUGAACGCGGCCGAGCUCUACCCCGCCCACGUCGCGGCUGCAGGUUUCGUCAAUUUAUCACACGAAGUGAAGAAGGUGCCUGUGGGACCCUGGGCCAAGGACGAAGACCUUAAAAAGAUUGGGGAGUACUGCCGCGCGGCGAUAUAUGAUGGGUUGCAUGCUAUUACGAUUGGGCCGUUUACGAGGGGUCUGGGGUGGACGGCGGAGGAGGUGGAGAUCUUUUUGAUACAGGUGAGGAAGGAUUUGUUGGAUCGGAGUGUACAUUCGUAUGUGCAUUUUCAUUCUCUUGCUGCGCAGAAGCCGGUUGAUGGGUGA